AUGCGCCGACAGGUUGCCUUUCGUUGUGCAAAAAUAGAAUUUAUUUCACCCAAGCCGGAAGCGCUCAUUCCUGCUGCGGAAAUAAAGUCCAUUUCCCCCACCUUGCUGUACCGGAGACUUCUCAAACUGUACAUUCGCAAGUUUGAUACGGAUCACAAAACAAUAGUUGCCGCAUGGAAGCAGACAAAAUUUGAGUUUUGGUACCAUCGAAACGACACACCAGAAGAGGCUGAGUUGCAGAAUAUUCGUGGCCAGCAGAUAUUUGAGGCCAUUCGGGCCGGACUGGUUCCUGUCUACAGGGACAGCAAAACGAAUGAGACAUUUUUCAAGUAUGAUGCCGACACGUUGAAGGCAGCCCAUAAUCACAUUGACCCUGUGGAUGCCGAAGAGUUUAUUCGCCGCUACCACGACAAGAUCUCGCCCGAAGAUGUUGCGGAGAUGAAGACGAUGCUGAAAAAGCUGGGUCGCUGGAAGGGACCGGAUGAGCUUCGUGACGAAGACUUACACCGCGUCAAGCAGAAAGUCACCCGCAAGGCCAAAUGCACAGAUCCCGACGAUUGA